UCAACUUACAGCAGGCACAUCAAAUAAUUACAGGUUGCAAUAUUUAGCUUUUUUCACAGUGAUAGUUUGAGCAACAAGGAAGCGGUUGAAGCACGACAAAGAGGCGUGGGUGUUAGUUUCCUUUUGAUACUGACAUAUGACACAGCAGCUUUGUCAAACAGGUUGGUAGUCCAGUUUAAAGGCAAGUGAAGAUGACAGCGCACGCAUUAAUCGGAUUCCUCCUCAGUGUCGGACUCUUGUUCAAAGCUUGUUAUUCAGAUGUGAAAUGCAAGAACGACAAAGGAGAGGAUGUCGACUGGUAUAUUGUAUACAAGCUGCCCAAAAAGAUGGAUGGUGGGUUGUCGUAUUUGUACAUGGAUGAGAGCACUGGUGGGUGGAAACUCAGCAAGGAGAAAAUCAGCAGUGAAAAUGGCUUUCUAGCAAACACACUGAAACCUCUUCUCGAUUUCUAUGUCAGAAAGAGUGAAAGGUUUGGAUACAUCCUCUACAAUGACCAACCUCCACCUCCAUACUCUACUGUUUCUUCAUCAUUUGGUCACAGUAAAGGGGUUGUGAUGUUGGAUCGCAACUUUGGACUUUGGCUUUCACACAGCACACCCAAAUUUCCAACAUAUCGCAGUAGAGAUAUCUGGCCAAGCAGUGGGAAUGAAAACGCCCAAACAUUUCUUUGUGUUACAUUUCCCUACCAGCAGUUUAAAGAAAUAGGACUGCAGCUACAAUACAUCCAUGCCUAUUCAUUUGACUCUGAAAUCCCAAAAACUUUUCAUAAGGAGCUGCAGUGUGUUGCACAGAGAAGCUGCUACCCAAAAAGAGAGCCCUGGUUCCGUAUAACGAGGCUGAACUCUGCAGCAGGGCGCAGUUUCACCAGCUUUGCAAAAUACACGCGCUUUAAAGAUGACCUUUACUCUGGACUUAUAGUAGACCACGUGUCUCAGGAUCUCUUUGUAAAGAGCUGGGGGAAUAUGAAACGCCCUCUUCCCUCCAACUGCAGCUCAGGGCUCGCUCAUCGUGUCUACAAUGUAAAGAAAGUGCGGCUGGAGAGGAGGAGUCCCUUCAGUGACACUGUGGAUCACUCUAAGUGGUGCGUGACCUCAGACGGUGGCAUGGCCUGCAUCGCUGAUAUGAACAGGGAGGUCAGUCAGAUGAGCAGAGGAGGAGGAGCAAUCUGCACUGAAGAUGCAGGAGUGGGACAAGCUUUCAGAAAAAGUAUCUCAGAAUAUGAACAAUGUAAGAGGUCUCAUUCUGACGUUCAUAAAAGAGAACUCUAAAGCCGACAAAAGCGCUAAAAUGAACCAUGUGGGUGACACCUGAGAAUUUUCAUGGCAUGUUUGGAGUAUAUUGUUUUUGGUCCUCCUGCUAAUCUUUUGUAAAAAUUUGCUCUCCAGCUUUGUGUAUGUUGUCUAAAAUGUGUCAAACGGAGAAACAAACACACACGGUGUUGCAUACAUAUCUGUGAAAUUACUUAGAUUUUAACUAUUGUAUGGAGGGUUUUUUUGUGUUUCUAUAUGUGGUGUCAAAAUAUGGGACGGAAUAAAUGGGAGCCUGAAGUACUGUUCAAGUUUAAAACACAGAAGAAAGAUGUGAAUUUUAUGAGAUGUAAGUUGGAGGAUUAUUGGCAAGGUAAUCAUACAUGUUCACCAAGAAUGGUGUAUUAAUAUAUUUACAUGGAUAAUAAGGGGAUUUAUGUUUUCAUAGCACAAGCAAUAUAACAAGCAAUAAGAUACUUGCAUGAUAUAUUGCACAGACAAGGCCAAAACUGGAACUGAGAGAGAGG